AUUUUUUUUUGUCAAUUACUGGUUAAAGAUAGGAUGUGGUUGAAAAAAAAAAUCAAAAGGGAAAAUUAAGAAUUGGAGAGACGGGAGAAAUUGGUACAAUUGGCAGUCCACACAAUACGCCGGUGAAUAUUUGUCCUUGAACGCUCAUCUCCCGGUCAUGGUGGCCACCUCGGCAGUGUCGUCCUUCCUUUUUGAUUCUAAUGGAAAUAAUGGCAACAACAAGCAGAGAGGUGGUACUGAUGAUCUUCCAGAGGAAGUAGUGAUAGACAUAAUCGCAAGACUGCCGCCGAAAAGUGUCGUUAGUUUCAAGUUGGUGUGUAAACAAUACAAAUCGCUUACGGAAUCUGCAUUCUUCCGCGAUAUCUACCGUAGGAACUUCUACGCAGCCUCUUCUUCCAACUGUUCCAUCCUUCACGGAGGUCACCAUCUCUUAUUGGAACAUUCUAGUUUGGAGUUGUUGAAACUCGAUCUACCAUCACCAUCAUCGCUUGGUGAUUCUUUCUUUGCAAGUGUUUUGGCUCAAGAAGAGAUCAGGGUUGCGGCUUGCGCUGAUGGAUUAGUUUUGCUGCGUCUCAAUGAGAAGGACAUGAAGAAGACGCGUUACUACAUUGGGAAUCCUGUGCUACCACAAUGGAUUCAACUCCCUCCUCCUCCUUCGACACAGGAUUUGACAUUCCUUUUUCCUGGUUUCAGUGUUACUGGACUUGUGACCCGAAUGCACAAUGGUUCCCUCUUAGCUUACAAGGUGGUUCGAUUACAUAUCGAAGCACUCAAGUGGAGUUUUGAGAUCUUUUCGUCGGAUACAGGUGAAUGGAGUGUUACACAAGUCUCCUGUCCUGUCCAUUACGGUGUUUCUAUGUUCGGCAUAUUCAACCCCGUUUCUUUGAAUGGAAAACUUCACUGGCUUGAUCACUCCCGUCGUAUUAUUAUUGUCCAUGAUUUCUUCGAGGCUCAUCAUCAUGACGAGGAUCAACUUCGAGUCAUAUCCCUACCCGCCUCGAUGCAAGGCAUUGAGCCUCGACGAUUCGGCAUGUAUUUUUCCCCCACUCCAUCGGCUAAGAUGAUUUGCACCACCUCACAAGGAUAUUUUGUGCUUGUUGAUGCUGGAUUGUUGCAAGAGGUUAAGAGCAGCUAUAACGUUAGGGUUUGGAGGCUCAAGUGCGAUGUUGAUUCCUGGAACUGGCAAAAGGCAUGGGAAAUCAACAUGGCAUCCGUAGGGCUUCCACUUAACUGUGUUCCAAUGGCAGUCAACUGUUUUGAUAUCCACAUCAUCUACCUAUGGGACUUAGACCUCAAAUGUUUCCUAUCUUUUAAUCUUCUCGCAAAUACAAUAUCUUAUGUAACUCGUAAAGAUGGUGUCUACACGGGAAAUAACCCUUUUGUUUUCCACGACCCUAUGGCAGUAGACGGUGUCGUCUACAAGGAAGACAAACUCUGCUUCGAGCAACAUCCCUGCCUUUUUCACUUUGUUCCGUCUUUGCAAGUUGUACCUAGCUAGCUACACAGUAAUAAACCAAGGAUGAUAUUGUUGGUUCUUAUUUUCAUUCUCAAGCUUCUUUGUUUUCAACCUUUCUGUUUUUUUUUUUUGGUUGCUUUUCA